AAAUACUCAAGUCAAGUCAAGUCGUCUUCUUUCUUUAAUAAAAGAAGAGAACAGAGUGGAACAGCAAAGAUCUUAGGAUUCUCAGCUACCAAUCUAGCCUUGCACACGAUUAACCUUCUUAUUUUUCUUUUCUUAGAUCUAUUCACCGGAAGGCCAUGCCGGAUUCGAGUGGUGGUUGCUGCAAGUGCUGUUGCAGCUUCAUAUUCACUCUAGGCUUGACAGCUCUGUUCAUGUGGCUAAGCCUGCGUACCUCGAAUCCCAAAUGCUUACUCCAAAAAUUUUACAUUCCCGCACUCAACAAAACCCUAAAUCCUCCAAAAAAUACCAGUCUCUUCUUUGAGCUCAGACUGGAGAACACCAACAAAGACAAGGGAGUCUACUACGAUCCAAUAAACGUAACAUUUUUUGACAAUCCAAACAAGAAUCAUUCCAUAGGGAAUUUCACAAUCCAAAAAUUUUAUCAAGGGCAUAAGAAGAAGGCAACCAAGGGCGGUGACUUUAACGCCAGUGGACUCGACGUGGAAGCCAUUUCGCGAGCGAUUUCAAACGGGUCGGCGAUUUUCCGGGUUGAUAUUGCUACGGCGGUGAGAUACAAGAUUAUGGCAUGGAAAACGAAGAGGCAUAGGAUCACGGUGGGAGCAGAUGUGAAUAUCAAUGAUCAAGGAACUCAGGUGAACCCCGAUAAGCGUAUAAAACUUUCAAAUGCAGAAAUGAUUGGAAGCUCCUAUGGGAAAACAAUUGGGAUUUUGUUAUUUCUUUUUUAUCUUAAUUUAUGGUAAGCUCCCCUUCUUUUUAUUUUUUGAA